UGUAUAUCCCUUCAUAAUGCAUUGAUUCACCUUUUGGUCUGUGUCUGGAAUGGACCAGACACACACCGUGAAUAUUGAAUGAAUACUAAUAUUGACUGUAGCUGCAAUAUGGUGGCUUGCCCCAAUGUGGUGUUUGUGUGCAGCUGCGCAUGUCUGUGUGGUUCCACUUGACAAAACCAACACCUUCGCAGGUCAAAGUGUAGUCUUCCAACGUUCACCUGCAGCUGCUCUUCAUGUUAAAGGCCUCGCAGUCUGUGAUUGAUGGAACGAGCUGAGCAGCACAGACAGAGAGAGGGAGGCGGAUGCAUUUAUUGAAGCGAAUAAACGAUGGAUCAAGCGAGGGAAACGUAGGAAGCGAGAGAGCGUGAGAAAGAGAGGGAGAGAGAGAGAAAUGAGCUGAAUGUGCCACAGCAGUUUCCACCUGCAAAAAUCAGGCUCGGGAACUGAAGCGGCGCUGCCUCAGACCGAGUGAGGAGCAUCUCUGUGAUGCUAUCUGACGUGCCGUUAUUGCCUCGCCUCGUUGAACGCUACAUCCACACAUGGUUCUGCACAAGUGGCCACAUACGCGCACACAUCUCUCGGAUGUCUGCUUUUUUUUGUGUUUUUGGAAGCAAAAUCAAAACAUUUCUCUGCUAUUCGGGCCGUUAAGUGAGUGAUGUCACUGAAGAAAGGUGAGGUGUGUAUGCCCAACACAAUCAUCGACACAUCCAGGCGCUUUUUAAGUCAGGUUGGUGUCAAAGCAAAACUAUUGCCUCUCCGAUAUUAGAGAGGAAUCUGGUCUGGAAAACUUCCAUUUUUUCUCUGAAGGCAAAGCACCAGGGAUGGCUGGGUUAGAUAUUACACCUGUCGGAAAGGCGUGAGAUAACACAGCCAUGUGUCACAGAGCUGUAAAAGGUGGAUGAUUAGCUCAAAUGGACAAUGGCCGGUAGAGAAAAGGGAAAGGAAAGGGGUGGUUUCAAAAUAAGACAGAUAAAGAGAAGGAGGAAGGGGUCUUCCAGUCUUCUUCUCCUGCACCAGACCCAAUGGCGUUGGACUUUGUCCUUCUGCACGGCCGGAACAAACCUGAGUGAAUAUUUUAGCCGGCCCACUGGUCUGUUAGCCAUCCUCUUAAACCCUCACUCGGGAGGAAGGAGGGAGAGGAGGAAAAGGCAAUGACCGGAUGCCUGAGAAGAAAGGGGAGCAAAAAGCAACAGCAGAGCAGACAGAGGGGCGAGGAGAACGAAAGAGAAAAAACAUUUUUUUUUUACCACAUGACUACAACAUAUUUGUCACAUUAUGUGGAUUGAUACCAAAACAGAUGUGGAGGAGAACAGCAGGAAUCGGGCCAGCCGCAUUCAGCGUGUGAUGAGCGGCCUGCUGUUGUGUACUGGGGACAUGAAACAUGUGGAUACGUACAUGCAUGACAAGCCGUUUGUGCUGCAGCUGGCGGUGUGGGGCCUGAGAGGCGUGGCCAGAGUGAUCCUGGCCAACAACCCGCUCAGCGGGGCUCUCAUUCUGGCUGCACUGUUCUGGGCCUCCCCCUGGCAGGGCCUGCUGGGAACUCUGGGUGUACUGGCCUCUACGCUAACAGCUGUGAUCAUAGGACAAGACAGUGCUGAGGUGCAAGGAGGUCUCCAUGGUUUUAAUGGCAUGUUGGUGUCUCUGCUGAUGGGAGUGUUCAGCUCAGCAGGACCCUGGUACUGGUGGCUGCUGCUGCCUGUCUGCUUUGGCUCAGCUAUAUGUGUCUUUCUGUUCAGCGGACUCUCCCCGGUGUUGGAUCGCUGGGACUUGCCUGUCGCAGUGUUCCCCUUCAACAUCAUUAUUGUCCUUUACCUCCUUUGUACCGGCCCAGACAACCCUUACUUUCCGCACCACCCGGCCGCGCCCCCGGGGCUGACGGACCACAACGGCACCGAACUAAGCGCAAUAGAGGUUACACGUGGCAUCCUUCUGGGUGUGGGUCAGAUCUUUGCCUGUGGAGCUUUGUGGCCCUCCCUCCUCAUCCUCGGGGCUGUUCUGCUCUACUCUCCCCUGCUGGCCGCUCACGCUCUGCUGGGAUCAGCAGUGGGAACGAUAGCUGGUCUAUCCAUGGCGGUGCGUCAUGAAUCUCUGUACUCAGGCCUGUCGGGGUUUAAUGGAUCCCUGGGCUGCAUGGCUGUUGGGGGACUCUUCUUCACCUUCAGCUGGAGGACACACCUCUUUGCCAUCGCCAGCGCCUUCCUCUCUGCGUAUGCUGACAUCGCUCUGAGCAAUCUGCUGGGAACGGUCGGACUGCCAGCCUGCAGUUGGGCAGCUACUCUGACAGCUACACUCAUGUUGCUGCUGACCGGCAGUUUAGCAGCAUACCGCAUCCCGAUGGGUCAAGUCAUGGCCCCAGAGCACAACCUACGCUUCCCACGGCAAUGGGAAGCUGGAAACACUGCAGACAUGGAGAGCACAGAUGUAUAACGUAUUGUAUCAGUACUUUUCUGUAGGAUGAGCAGGACUAGAGAAAGUUAUAACAUUUUAGGAAUUGAUUGUAUCAAUAAUAACCUUUUACAAGGUAUAAUAACAAAUAACAGCCAUUUAAGGGGAAAGAGAAAACAUUUUAAUAGUCAUGGAAUGAACAAGUCAGUUCAGUUAUUGCCAAUAGAAACCCAAACUGAAUUCAACAGUGGUUAUUUUUAACCCCUUCAUUGACCCUGUAAAGACGCACAACAGUAGAGCACAUGAACAACAGACACAAAUGCAGAAAGACAGUGAGUACACACAGAUGAAAUGAGAUGUGAGUGGUCAGCUGCCUCGGACAGGAAGUAAAAGGCAACCGUUUAAUUCUUGAAUCAUAAUUAUGAUUUUUAAAUAAAUUAUUUUAAAAUAUAAAGUGAAGAUGUUCCGUUGUUCAUUAAUUGAUUUAGUAUUUUUUGUCAUAGUGCCCUAUGUUACCUGUGUAAAUUAUUUUGCAUAUUUCCCAUCAACAUCUGUGACACCAAACACAAACAACAAUACACCCCAGUUUAAUGUAAAAUGUUAAAAUCUCAUUUGAAAGGUUGUUUUUUUCCAUUUAUGUGAAGUCCACAAACAAUACCCUCUAAAAUGUUGCUUUACGUCAUGCAAUUCUAUCUUAGUGCUUACAGGUUUUUAUGUUGUACUGGGUUUUAAGUUCCUGUACUGGUUCUUUCAUCACAAACUACCUCACAGACAAUGGUGACGAGGUUGGUAUCGAGACGAAACAUACGAAAGUGACUCUCUGUCUGUGAUUGAUCAAGCAGGAUAAUACAAAAAGAAGAAAAAGUAGAAAUAUAAAUACUAGCACAAA